GGGCCUAACGCAUUCAUCUAUCUGUGAGCGCACGUCAUGACAGGUCGGAGAGGAAAGAAAUGCUGACUUUUUCUUUCUUUUUUUCGUUUAAAAAAAAUCAUAGUCAAGUUGACGGAGGAACAUGUCAUGAGAAUGCGGAAUAAAAAAGAAUGACUUGGGGGGAAAGAUGGCACAGCAAGAGGACCCGCUGUAUGAUUUCCCAGAGCCCAUCAAGCCGCAGAAGAGAAAUCUACAGAAGCUUCAGAGAGGAAGGGGCUCCCUAAGAAGCAUCAGCGUUCUGGACCGCCUCCUGUUGACAGUUCCUGUGUGGCUUCAGCUGUCAAUCAACCCUGCCACCGCACUACACAUACUCCAGAGGGAACCUCCUGGGCAGUCAUUCCUGGUGAGAAAGUCUCGCACUUCCCAAAGAAAUGUGCUUUGUGUCCGUUUGGCGGAUGACAGUGUUCCAUCGUUUGUUCAGGAGUUUGGCAUCAGGAAGGAACAAUCCACUCUGUCUUUGGAAACUUCAGCAAUCAGCUUUCCAGAUCUUCCAAGGCUGAUUUCCUUUUACUGUGUCAGCAGAGAUGUCUUGCCUUUUCCCCUGGAGCUCCCAGAAGCCAUUGCAAAAGCAGCAUCGCACAAAGAACUGGAGUCUAUCUCACAUAUGGGAAUAGAAUUCUGGAGUUCCCAGCUAAAUGUCCGUGGGCCACGGGACGCACUGAGGCUCAAGGUGGUGGCUGAUCAGAAGCCUGAUGUUGAAACACCAGCUUCUGCUGCUCAACCGGAUUCAGCUCCCCAUUCUGAGUCAGACAGCCCGCCUCACAAAGCACCUGCCUCAAACACCGUAACCAAAGUGUCUGAUCCAAAUGCUACUCUGUUCCAAAGGUUUUGUCCAAUCAUGACACGCAGCCCCAAAGAGCUAGACUGUGGCUCUGGCCUGGGUGCUCUUUGUUUCAUCAACCCACUUUUCCCCCAGUCUGGGAACAACCUAUCUAAACGGCGCAUGUUCAAACAAAGCCUUAAAGUUCGGGUUUCUACAGAGACAUGUACUCUACUCUCACCUCCACUUGCUCCACCGCCACCUCCACCCCUUAUGCCAAAAACCAAAGGGAGAGGCAAGGCCAAAAAACAGGCAAAAGAAAUCCCAGAGUUAAGUGAAGAUUCAGUCCAAGUACAUGGUCAAACAGGUGAUGACAACCAAACCCAGCCCCUGCCACACAUACAAGACCUCGACCUUGAGGACAAAGUGAACCCUUCAACAGGAACUCGUCAUCUCCAAGUAGAAGUGAAGGAGCAGGGUCAAGAGUGGACAGAAGAAGGACAAAGGAACGCUGGAAAUGAGAAAAUGAAAGAGGAACUGGCUCAACUACCAGCAGCAAUGGACCAUCUUCUAACAGACUACAUGAAACCUUCACCUCUAACCAGUUUUUCCCACAUCCCCUCACUGUACCAGUCACCAUCCACCUGUCCCAUGACACCCCCACUUUUCCCCAAAAUGUCAUCACUUUCUCCUAUCUCUCCCAGUCCUGUCUCCCUCUCACCUAAUCAUUCUCCCUCUUUAUCUCCCAAGUUGCCUUCUUCCCUUUCACCAUCUCUUUCCCCCAAGGCCUCCUCCUCUUUCUCUUGUGUCCGUCCAUCCCAGUCCUUACAAGCAGAGCUGGACAGUGAUUAUGCUAUUCCGACAGUGACAGGCCGGCAGAGGUCGGGAACGCAGCCUCACAAAGGGGAUCAGGGCACCAACACAAAUGCAGGUAAAGGUGCCGAAAAGGAAGAUGUUCACACAGAAAGGGAAGAAAAAGACUAUGUGGAUUUAGAGAUAGAUGCUGGGUUUGUAAAGGAAAAAGAGAGCUGCAUUUCCAUCAGUGACCUAGAAAAAGAAAGGGUUCCUACAAAUCCUUUAGAACCCAGACAGACCAACAGUUCGACCCUUGAAUAAAGAACCACAUCAGAGAGUAAAUAGUUUUUUAUGUUCCUUUUAAAAACAAAUUGGACUUUAAAUGGUUAUAUUUUUAAAUGAAGUAGUUUUAUAUAAAUUAAAUUUGAUAUUGCAGUGAAAACCCAUCUUUUAAUGAAAUUGGUUCUUUAAAUGCAGCUUUUAGUUGUAUUCCUUUUAAAAUUGUUUCUGAAAAUUAUGUAUAGCUAAUUACUGUAGACUUUAAUUGUAAUAAAAGCCACUUGUGUUUAAAUUAAUAAAAAAACAAAAUCAAA